AUGUUUUCCCAUCUUCAAAACCCAAUCUUUGACGCCCUCUACUGCGAGGAGGAGCGUUUUGAUGAUGGGUUUGUCCUCAAAGACCCAGAAACUAGCGAUUUGUACCCGAUUCAGAAAACCCCUUUUGCCCUCUUCGAGCACGACCUCGUAUGGGAAGACGACGAGCUUGCCCGUCUCUUGUCGGAGGAGAAGAAACAGGCUCGCCUGAUUCGUGACGCGAUAGAGUCAGAUGGGUGUCUGAAAAUGUCGAGGGAUGAGGCCGUUAAGUGGAUGCUCAAGGUGAUUGGGCAUUACGGGUUCGGCGCGUUGACCGCCGUCUUGGCCGUUGACUAUUUCGAUCGAUUCAUUGCAAGCAUUUGCUUCCAGAGGGACAAGCCUUGGAUGGGUCAGUUGGCCGCCGUUGCCUGCCUUUCGAUUGCUGCCAAGGUCGAGGAAACUCAAGUUCCUCUCUUGCUAGACCUACAAGUGGAGGAGUCUAAGUAUUUGUUUGAAGCAAAAACCAUUCAGAGAAUGGAGCUUUUGGUUCUGUCUACACUUAAAUGGAAAAUGAACCCGGUGACCCCAAUGUCGUAUUUUGACCACAUUGGGAGGAGAUUUGGGCUGAUAAAGAACCUGCAUUGGGAAUUCUUGAGGAGGUGUGAGAGUGUGAUCCUCUCAAUCAUCACUGAUUGUAGGAUGGCCCAUUACCCUCCUUCUGUCAUUGCUUGUGCCUCAAUGAUUCAUGUGAUUAGAGAUAUUGAAACCGAUGAUUAUCUCGAAUACGAGAGUCAGAUCAUAAACGUGCUAGAAACCUGCAAGGAAAAGAUUGAUGGCUGCCUCAAGCUUAUCAUGGAGGUCUUAGAUGAUCCUGGCCGUAGAUCUUACGGCAAGCGCAAGCACAUUUCUAUCCCUGGCAGCCCGAGUGGGGUGAUCGAUGCCUAUUUCAGCUCAGAUAGCUCGGUCGACUCGUGGGCUGUCGGGUCAUCUGUUUCAUCAUCUCCCGAGCCGGUGUUCAAGAAGAGCAGAGCACAGGAUCAGCACAUGAGGCUGGCCCCACUAAGCAGCUUCUCCGGUUGGCAAUCCUAA